CGAAGAAGUGUGACCAAUCGAUAUUUCCUGACUAAGAAACGAAUUCCCUUAGCCUUUCAAGCCACCAGCAACGUCGUUUUGAGGAAUGUAUUGCGACUGUGAUUUCACCGCGUUCACGAUACGUACGGAAGGGUUGAGCCGGGGCCGCCCCGCAUAUAAGGCUAUCCACCGCGUUCGAGGAAGCUAAAACCUAUAAUCUCCUCUGUAUCUCUAGCCAAGCUACUCAAUAAGGUUAAUCGACUCUUUGUAACUAGAUCUCCCAGUCUGGAAAAGCUUCAAGCUGUACCUGCCGAUUUAUUGCUCUCUCUUUGCACUUGCUUUACUCGCGUCGUUGCCACCUCUCUGGCCCUACAAUCGAGCUAAGCUUCAGUACUCUCUACGACCCUCCCCAACCUCCCUCAGGGUACCGUAAGACAUCUCAUCUCUGUGUUACCACGCACGCACGCGCAGUACGGUAGGGAAACUGAACAUCAGCAUGGUCGUCGCCACAACAGAUGUCUGGCCUAACACGGCAGGCUUCGACACGAACUAUGAAGAGAACGAACCCAUGUCACUCACUGUCAAAGGCACCAUCCCCAAAUACGCUGCAGGUGUACUUUACCGAACAGGACCGCUCGGCUACAAGGCGAAGACAGACGAUGGAAAGGUCUGGGCGGCAAAGCAUUGGUUCGAUGGGUUCUCGUGUGUUCAUCGCUUCCAGAUAGACGCCACUCCCCAUGCGGACAGUCCACCGAAGGUUACAUACCGCUCUCGACGCACAGUAGAUGAAUACCUUGAGAUGGUCCGUAAGAACGGCAGACUUGACAGUACCACGUUCGGCCCAAAGCGUUCAGAUCUAUGCGAAAGCUUCUUCAGCAAAGUCAUGAGCAUGUUCGUAUCAAUACCAAGCGAACAUAAUGUCGGCGUUACCUUGUCGAUUAAUAUGCCAGGAGGCGACAAACUGCCUGGAGCUACGAGACCUACAACAAACAAUCACACCAACGGCAUCGACACUUUACAUGUUAAAACAGAUUCUCACGAGGUCAAGCAGAUCGACCCUGAGACUUUGGAACCAAGGGGCUACGCUCGCCAGAAGUCUCUCCAUCCAGAACUGAAAGGGCCCUUUUCCGCUGCUCAUGCCAAGUCCGACCCCAAGACUGGUGACAUGUUCAACUUCAACCUAGAAUUUGGUUACAAGAGCACCUACCGCAUCUUUCGCGUUUCAGCAUCGUCUGGCGAGACAGACAUCCUCGCCACCUUCCAUGGAACGCCUGCAUACAUCCACUCAUUGUUCCUAACAGAAAAUUACGUCAUUCUCUGUGUCUGGAACAGCCAUAUCACAUGGGGUGGCAUUUCGCUCAUGUACCACAAGAACGUCAUCGAUGCCAUGGCACCCUUCGACCCAGAUACCAAAGCUACGUGGUACGUCGUCGAUCGGCGCCAGGGUAAAGGAGUCAUAGCAACGUACGAAAGCAAACCAUUUUUCUGCUUCCACAGUAUCAACGCUUGGGAAGAACCGUCGGCUUCUGAUCCCACCAAAACAGACAUCAUCACCGAGCUCAGCAUGUUCGAGAAUCUUGAUGUUGUCAAGCGCUUUUACUACGAUAAUCUCAUCUCUUCCAUCGACACGCGCGAGUACGAAGGUGAGGAGCGUAUGACAGCUUUACCUAUGCAGGCACAAUUCCGUCUUCCCAGCGUUGACGCUGGUGUCCCUACUCCCAUGCCCGCGGAGCUCUUGUUCCAGGCUGAGAAGUUCAAGUCGAUGGAGCUGCCCACGCUGAACCCUGCAUAUCUAACACGACGCCACCGCUACACAUACGGUUGCGCUGACCGUCUCAAAUCUUCCUUUUUCGACGGCCUCGUCAAGUUCGACAAUAAGACUCAAGAAGUCAAAUAUUGGGAAGAAGAGGGUCACACGCCUGGUGAGGCCAUCUUCAUUGCUGAUCCGGAAGGCAUGGAGGAAGAUGACGGUGUGUUGCUGAGUGUGGUUUUGGAUGGGUAUGCGGAAAAAAGUUACUUGCUCGUACUGAAGGCGAAGGAUUUGACGGAGAUGGGAAGAGCAGAGAUGGCGGGUCCGAUGAGCUUCGGAUUUCAUGGGACGUUUAAGGAGUCGGACAAGAUGUACAGAGGUGACGUAUGAGCGGUGGAACUACACAGCGCAGGCAUAAUGUCAUGCAAUUUGACCUCUCGCUAGUUACUUUCUCACGAGAACAAUUUUCGGUUGUUAUGGCAUUUGUUCAUUCAAACUUUGCUCAGUGCAGAAAGAUGCGCAUCACAUUCAGUCCACUUCGAUGUCCCAAACCAGAGUCCCUUGCAUGGUU